AUGGAAGAAUUUAGAUCUAUUAUGAUUAUAAUUAGAGUAUUUACUGAAAAUUUGGAGUCAUUUUAAAAAUAAUCAAUAAUUUGACUAAGUACUCAGGUGUAAAAUGAUAUUGAUACUCACAAAAGGUGCCUCAUGUUUGCAGUUCAAAGAGGCAAGCUUAUUAAGGAAUAGACCUUUCUGAUGAAUUGUGCAGAUCUAUCCUCUUAGUCGGUGUUUCCUAUCCAUCAAUAGUAGAUAAUCAAUUUAUAGAAAAAAUGAACUACUUUGAUAGGAACUUCAAAGUUUUAGAAUUCGAUAAUAAAUAAAGAAUAUUAAAAAAACUAUUCGUGUCACAAACAAGCUAUUAGAAGAAGUAUUCAAGAUAUCAAUGA